AUGCAAGCCGCCAGGGGCGGCAGCAAGGCGGCACAGUCGCUGUGGCAGCUCUACGUGCAGCAGAGAGGGCAUUCCAUAGGAUCCAGCCUGCCCUCCAGCAAGAACCUGUGGGAUGUGGUCAACCGGCAGCGGAUGGAGCCACACGGCGCCGAGGCGGUGCGCGACAUCUGGAUGGAGUUCCAUGCCGACCCCGCCAAGAACCGCAUUGCCACGGGGCUGACGGCGCCUCGCUACUUGAAGUUCCAGGAGAAUGCGGCGCAGAGCCCCAUAUUCGUGCUGCCGGUGUUCAAGGGCCCCAACGCCUUCGAAAACUUCAUGGUGCAGUGCCAGCUGCCGCUGGUGCUGUUCACAACGCUAGAGGAGUACAAGCAGCGGGGCCCCUCUGCGCAGCCCCACAUGGUCCUCACCCACUACACCGAGCUGAUGAGCGACAAGAACAUAGUGCUGGUGCGGGGCGACAUCCUCCAGCCCACCAUCUGCUCGCGGGGGGAGGCGGAGCAGCUCACGCGCCUGCUGCACGACUUUUACACCCAGGACCAGAAGUACAGCUUUGUGCAUGCCUUCAACCACCGCCAGGCCGACUUUGACUACAAGCGCAUGCUGGACUCGAUGGGCCAUGACACCGCCCAGCUGCCGCGGGACUAG